UCCGAGGUCGUCAAUAACCAGUUUGGCAGAUUUGUAAAGCUCAUACAACUGUUUUAUUUUUCACAAGCCGGUUAACAGCAAAAGAGUUUCAGCAAUGGCUGGCACGUUGGCCCGCAAGGCUAUCGACCACCUCCGCAGCAAGGAGUUCAGGGAUUAUCUGAUGAGCACACACUUUUGGGGUCCAGUGGCAAACUGGGGUUUACCUAUUGCUGCUAUCUCUGACAUGAAAAAGAGCCCCGAGAUCAUAAGUGGCAGAAUGACCUUUGCACUCACAUGCUACUCCCUGCUGUUUAUGAGGUUUGCUUAUAAAGUCCAGCCGAGGAACUGGCUCCUCUUUGCCUGCCACUUCACCAAUGAAAGUGCUCAGAUUGUACAAGGAGUAAGACUGAUUAAAUACAACAUGGAGAAAAAAAUGGCCAAAUGAUGGACAGAAGAUGAGAAGAUUUUUAAUGAAAACCAGAACUAUUAAAACAGUGGGUUUAAAUAAUGUUGUUUGAACUAAUCACAUAAGAAAGAUAAAGAUAUUUACUGAUUUAUACUUACUCAUCAAUUCCCACAGUUUAGUUGAGUGGCCAUGGAUCAUACAUAGGUACAAUAAUAAUAAUAAUAAUUGACUUGGAUUGAUUGUACAUACAAUCUGUGUAAAAUAUCAGCAGACUGUUACAUACAAAGGGACUGGAAUUUUUUUAAAAUGAAGCACCAGAAUUGUUAAGUGUUAUUAAGACAUUAAUUUAUUCCAUAAAUGAUUGUACUGCUGUCUCCCUCAGAUAAUGUUGGUGGCAAUAACAUUGUCAUUAGAAGUAGAGACGUCUCCUGUUUUUCUUGUUUGUUUCACUCGUGUAAUUAUUUGUUCCAUGGGUAAAACAGACUGAACAAUAAAAUGAACAAUAAAAUAAA